CGUAUUUAUAAAACAGGAGAGCGUACGGUCGUAUCGAGGCAAAUCGCUGCAUUCCGCAGCCCAAAAUAUUGAUGCGAUGCGCCUGCGCUCGCUUCCUUUGACGAAGCUGCCAUCUGUAUCUAGAACAAGGGCAGCCAUCUCAAGGAGGGCAGCCUCUUCAUCGACCUUCACGCGCCGUAGCGCUGCGAAAUUCGCAUCGGACUUCGACCACCAUGCUCCUGGCAUUGCACGGCUGAAUCACGGCUCGUUUGGGGCCACGCCCGCGCCGGUUCUAGCAGCGACGGAGGCUUGCCGUGCGCGCUGGCUCGCGCAACCGGACGAGGACUACUUUUCGGGAGCGCUCGACGCCGACUUGCAAGAGGCGACGGCCGCCGCGGCCGACGCGAUCGGCGCUCCGGCUGAGGAGACUUCACUCGUGGAGAACGCGACAGUGGCUGCCGCGAUCGUCUUCCGGCGCUGGUGUCAGCUGGACGGCACGGUCCUGCUGCCUGCGAACGCCUACGGCGGCGUCAAGGCCUCGGCGCUCGCGGCCUUCGGCCCGCAGCGCGUCAAGGAGUGGCCGUUUCCCUUCCCGGGCACGACGCAUGCGCACAUUCUGGACUGGCUCGACCAAGCACUGAAACAGCACGACCCGCGCUACGUAAUCAUCGAUCAUGUUUCGUCGCAACCGGCUGUUGUCUGCCCCGUCGCCGAGAUGGUGGCGCUCUGUCGGCGCCGCGGCGUCGCUGAAGUUGCGGUGGACGGCGCGCACGCCCUGGGGCAGGUUCCAAUUAACGUCGACGCCAUCGGCGCGGACUACUUCUUCUCCAACCUCCACAAGUGGGCGUUCGCGGCGCCGACGGCCACGAUCCUACACUCGCUCCGUGGGCUGCGGCACGUCGUUCCGUCCUGGGGAGCGGGCGACUUCGCGGCGGAGUGUCGCUGGACGGGCACGCGGGACUACGCCGCGAUGCGCGCGGUCCCGGCGGCGUUGGCGUACCUCCGCGACUGGCGGUCGCUCGACGGGCUCGCCACGCCGGAGUUCAAUCGAGUAGGCCUGCGGCGCGCCGUCGACGAGUUGUCCGCGGCUUGGUCUGUCGACGCGCCGUACCACGAGGAGUGUCUCGGAUCCAUGGGUAUGGUGCGCUUACCCGCGGGCCUCGACUUAUCUCGGGACGUACCGGGGCAGCCCGUCGGCCCCGACUCCGUCCGAUCGCGGCUGCGCGACGGCCUGUGUGGAAAUCAAAAUUUUACGGCGCGUUCGUGCUGAAUCUUCGCGUCGUCCUCCACGCCAUCGACGCGCCGCCUGCUCGAUGGCGUGGCGAUGCCGGUUCCUCAUCGCUCGACAGAGCCAGCACGGCCGCGUCAUCGUCGAGAAAUGACUUAGUGAAGAAUUGUCGGGUGCACCCGACACAUGGGUUGAUUUCCACACAGGCGACGGCUAUGGGGUCGAGGCGGCCGUCGGCGGCUUCCCGGAUGGAGGCUUCCUCCGCCUCUCGCACGCGGUAUAUACGUCGGACGACGAUCUAGAGCGGCUGCGCGACGCCGUCCUCGAGCUUGUGUGA